AUGGCCGCCACGCUCCCGCGCGCGGUCGCGCCCUCGCCGCGCCCCGCCGGGCUCCUCCCGCUCCCGCGCGCCGCGCCGCUGCUCCUCGCCGGCCGCGCCGCCGCGCGCAGGCUCCGGGCCCGCGGGGCCAGGGCGCCCGCCCUCGCCGCCGCGCGCCGCAGCUGGGCCGUCUCCGCCCGCGCCGUGCUCGACGUCUCGCGCCACCGGGCGGCGCCACAGAAACCCGUGCAGGAGGCUGCGGACAUGAACGAUAUCUUGGCAGAGCGUGGAGCCUGUGGUGUUGGGUUCGUCGCCAACUUGAAUAACGAGCCCUCGUUCAACAUUGUCCGCGACGCUCUUACGGCCCUCGGGUGCAUGGAGCACCGUGGCGGCUGCGGAGCAGACAACGACUCUGGUGAUGGCGCAGGGUUGAUGAGCGGCAUUCCGUGGGAUUUGUUUAAUGAAUGGGGCAGCAAGCAAGGGCUUGCCCCCUUUGAAAAAACACAUACAGGUGUGGGCAUGGUCUUCCUUCCGCAAGACGACAAUUCCGCGGCAGAGGCCAAAGCUGUUGUCGAGAAGGUUUUUACAGAUGAAGGCCUUGAGGUUCUUGGCUGGAGACCUGUUCCUUUUGAUGUAUCAGUGGUAGGUCGCAAUGCAAAAGAAACAAUGCCCAAGAUAGAGCAGAUAUUCGUUAAAAUUGCGAAAGAAGAUGAUGCUGAUGACAUAGAGAGAGAAUUAUACAUCUGCCGAAAGCUGAUAGAGCGGGCUGCAAAAUCUUCUAGUUGGGCGGAUGAACUGUAUUUCUGCUCUUUGUCAAGUAAAACAAUCAUCUACAAGGGAAUGCUUCGAUCUGAGGUUCUUGGGCAAUUCUAUUUGGACCUUCGGAAUGAGAUGUACAAAUCUCCAUUUGCCAUAUAUCAUAGAAGAUUCAGUACCAACACAAGCCCUAGAUGGCCUCUUGCACAACCGAUGAGGUUACUUGGACACAAUGGAGAGAUUAAUACAAUACAGGGAAACUUGAACUGGAUGCGAUCAAGGGAAGCCACAAUACAAUCUCCUGUGUGGCGAGGUCGUGAGAAUGAAAUACGCCCGUUUGGUGACCCUAAAGCAUCUGAUUCAGCAAACCUUGACAAUGCUGCUGAAUUACUGUUAAGAAGUGGUAGAAGUCCGGCUGAAGCUAUGAUGAUGCUUGUCCCUGAGGCAUAUAAGAACCACCCGACAUUAUCGAUAAAAUAUCCUGAGGCAAUUGACUUCUAUGAAUACUACAAAGGUCAAAUGGAGGCUUGGGAUGGGCCUGCUUUACUCUUGUUCAGUGACGGAAGGACAGUAGGAGCAUGCCUCGAUCGAAAUGGGCUCCGUCCAGCACGCUACUGGAGAACAUCAGAUGGUUUUGUUUAUGUUGCAUCUGAGGUUGGUGUAAUUCCAAUGGAUGAAUCUAAGGUAGUAAUGAAAGGAAGAUUGGGCCCUGGAAUGAUGAUAACAGUUGACCUACAAACUGGCCAGGUGCUUGAAAACACAGAAGUGAAGAAGAAGGUGGCUUCAGCAAACCCCUAUGGGGAUUGGUUGCAACAAAGUACACGUUCAAUAAAGCCUGUCAAUUUCCAAUCAUCUCCUGUUAUGGACAAUGAAACAGUUAUGAGACAUCAGCAGGCAUUUGGCUAUUCCAGUGAAGAUGUGCAAAUGGUAAUUGAAACGAUGGCUUCACAAGGGAAGGAGCCUACAUUUUGUAUGGGUGAUGACAUUCCAUUGGCUGUGUUGUCACAAAAACCACACAUGCUCUUUGAUUAUUUCAAGCAGCGAUUUGCACAGGUUACAAACCCUGCAAUUGAUCCACUCCGAGAAGGUUUAGUCAUGUCUCUUGAAGUUAAUAUUGGUAAACGAGGCAACAUCUUGGAGGUUGGCCCUGAAAAUGCUGAUCAGGUUACUCUAUCAAGUCCUGUACUGAAUGAAGGUGAACUAGAUUCUCUAUUGAAUGACCCAAAAUUGAAGCCCAAAGUACUCUCGACGUACUUUAAUAUCCGUAAAGGCCUCGACGGCUCCCUAGAUAAGGCAAUUAAUGCUCUUUGUGAAGAAGCUGACGCUGCUGUGCGGAGUGGUUCUCAACUUCUGGUCCUUUCUGAUCGUUCUGAAGAACUCGAACCAACACGGCCUGCCAUCCCAAUACUUCUAGCCGUUGGUGCCAUCCACCAGCAUCUGAUUCAAAAUGGCCUCCGCAUGUCUGCUUCAAUUGUUGCUGACACCGCUCAGUGUUUCAGUACCCAUCAAUUUGCCUGUUUGAUUGGAUAUGGAGCCAGUGCCGUAUGCCCAUAUCUGGCAUUAGAAACAUGCCGACAAUGGAGGCUGAGCAAGAAAACUGUUAAUUUGAUGCGCAACGGCAAGAUGCCAACAGUGACCAUCGAGCAGGCUCAAAGAAACUUCAUCAAGGCUGUAAAAUCUGGCCUGCUCAAGAUACUCUCAAAAAUGGGCAUAUCAUUGCUCUCAAGUUACUGUGGAGCUCAGAUCUUUGAAAUAUAUGGUCUUGGCCAAGAAGUUGUUGACCUUGCAUUCUGUGGAAGUGUAUCGAAAAUUGGAGGACUUAACCUUGAUGAGCUGGGCCGGGAAACAUUAUCAUUCUGGGUGAAGGCAUUCUCGGAAGAUACCGCACAGAGGCUGGAAAACUUUGGAUUCAUCCAGUCCAGACCUGGAGGCGAAUUUCAUGCAAAUAAUCCUGAGAUGUCAAAGCUUCUGCACAAAGCAAUUCGUGAAAGAAGUGAUAAUGCGUACACCAUCUACCAACAACAUCUUGCAAGCCGUCCUGUCAAUGUUCUUCGAGAUCUUGUAGAGUUGAAGAGUGAACGGCCCCCUAUUCCUAUAGGCAAAGUUGAGCCUGCAACCUCUAUUGUCGAACGCUUUUGCACAGGUGGAAUGUCCUUGGGAGCUAUUUCCAGAGAAACUCAUGAAGCAAUUGCAAUUGCUAUGAAUAGAAUUGGUGGGAAAUCUAAUUCUGGAGAAGGUGGUGAGGACCCAAUCCGCUGGAGUCCCCUUGCAGAUGUUGUUGAUGGGUAUUCUCCAACACUUCCUCAUCUCAAAGGUCUUCAGAACGGGGACACUGCCACAAGUGCCAUUAAGCAGGUUGCAUCUGGGCGUUUUGGUGUUACACCAACAUUUUUAGUUAAUGCUGAACAAAUCGAGAUAAAGAUUGCUCAAGGGGCGAAGCCUGGUGAAGGGGGUCAACUUCCUGGGAAAAAAGUCAGUGCAUACAUAGCUCGGUUGAGAAACUCCAAACCUGGUGUUCCUCUCAUAUCCCCACCACCACACCAUGACAUCUAUUCCAUUGAGGAUCUCGCACAGUUAAUUUUUGACCUCCAUCAGAUCAAUCCUAAAGCGAAGGUGUCGGUAAAGCUUGUAGCUGAAGCAGGAAUUGGAACUGUAGCCUCUGGAGUAUCUAAGGCAAACGCAGACGUAAUUCAGAUAUCAGGUCAUGAUGGUGGUACUGGAGCUAGCCCAAUUAGCUCAAUCAAGCAUGCUGGGGGUCCUUGGGAACUUGGUCUUACAGAAACUCACCAGACACUUAUACAAAAUGGAUUGAGAGAAAGGGUGGUACUUAGGGUUGAUGGUGGAUUCAGGAGUGGCCUAGAUGUCCUUUUGGCUGCUGCCAUGGGUGCUGAUGAAUAUGGUUUUGGUUCUGUAGCUAUGAUAGCUACCGGAUGUGUCAUGGCACGUAUUUGCCACACAAACAAUUGCCCAGUUGGAGUUGCUAGUCAGGUAAUAAUAGCACAAGUUAUUUUUUAUUCGUUUUUCUUGGUCAUACCUUUUAUCUUACAUUCUAUGCACCUGCAGAGAGAAGAGCUUCGUGCUAGGUUUCCUGGUGUUCCUGGCGAUCUGGUGAAUUACUUUCUCUUUGUCGCAGAAGAGGUACGAGCCACAUUAGCCCAGUUGGGUUAUGAGAAGCUGGAUGAUAUAAUUGGGCACACUGAUUUACUUAAACCAAAGCAUAUCUCUUUGGUGAAAACACAACACAUUGAUCUUGGAUACCUAUUAAUGAAUGCUGGAUUACCCAAAUGGAGCAGCUCUCAGAUAAGAAGCCAGGACGUCCACUCUAAUGGCCCUGUUCUUGAUGAGACUAUCCUUGCAGAUCCUGAGGUAAUCGAUGCAAUUGAGAACGAGAAAGAGGUUUCAAAGACAUACCCAAUUUAUAAUGUCGACAGAGCUGUCUGUGGUCGAGUAGCAGGUGCCAUUGCUAAGAAGUAUGGGGACACGGGCUUUGCAGGCCAGCUGAACAUUACGUUUACUGGAAGUGCAGGGCAGUCCUUUGGUUGUUUUCUAACCCCUGGCAUGAAUGUUCGCCUAGUAGGAGAGGCCAACGAUUAUGUGGGGAAGGGUAUGGCUGGUGGAGAGCUGGUUGUAGUUCCUGUGGAUGAUACAGGAUUUGUUCCUGAGGAUGCUGCUAUAGUUGGGAACACUUGUCUGUAUGGAGCUACGGGUGGUCAAGUAUUUGUGAGAGGGAAGACAGGAGAAAGAUUUGCAGUUCGGAACUCUCUCGGUCAGGCAGUGGUUGAGGGCACAGGAGAUCAUUGCUGCGAAUACAUGACUGGUGGCUGUGUAGUUGUACUUGGCAAAGUUGGGAGGAACGUUGCAGCUGGAAUGACUGGUGGCCUUGCAUACAUUCUAGAUGAAGAUGAUACACUAGUCCCAAAGAUUAACAAGGAGAUCGUCAAGAUGCAGAGAGUGAAUGCUCCAGCUGGGCAGAUGCAGCUGAAAGGCUUGAUUGAGGCCUAUGUUGAAAAAACGGGCAGUGCGAAAGGUGCUAAAAUUUUGAGUGAAUGGGAGGCAUACUUGCCACUCUUCUGGCAAUUGGUACCUCCCAGUGAAGAAGAUUCGCCUGAAGCUUGUGCCGAGUUUGAGAGAGUACUUGCUAGGCAAGCAACGGCAGUAAAAUCUGCCAAGUGAUCAAGCACUGCUACGAGCCAACCACAAUCCCAAAAUCGAUCAAGUUACACGGAACGAAGGUGGUUCUUACUGUGAUACUUGCAAGUGAUCCUUUGAACUCCGCUCCCUCUGAAGAAUGACGUUACCCAAAGGCUGCAAUUUUGUGGAAGCUCUGCCCAAGGCAUCUUUUGGAAUCAAGCUCGCAGAACCCAUCUAGGAUUCUUCUGCGCGCUCUUGCACCGUAGGUAACCACCCCUGUAAAUUGGUUUACUGCCGCUAGGUUGCAAGGCCCUGUCAAACUGCUGCUUUCUUGUAUAGGAUUCUUGCCCUGUGUAAUUAUAUUUUUUGUUCUGGACACAUUAGUUCUUAUAUUUAUACAUGCCCAGUGCUAGGCAUGCUAGUUGCAUGCGCUUUAGCACAGUAAAGAAUAAAGUGUAGGGUGAAGUAGGACUUCUGGUUGCUUUAUGACUCA